AUGGAAUUGGCCGAUGAGAAGGGUGUCAGCGGCACUGCCGUCAAGCGCAAGUCUGCUGGUGAGCACGCCAAGCAACCCAAGCGCCAGCUGCUCGGUACCACCUCGCUUCCUCCACCGGGUACUACCCCCACCCCCAGCCCCAGAACGCCCGCCAAUUCCACAUCGUCCAGCUCUUCAGCUGAACUGGACAUCUUGCGCAGCCAGCUGCAUGCUGCCAAAGCCAAAGCGCGUGCUUACAAGGAACGCAAUGAGGAGCUGGCCCACAGGGCGGAGGAAGCCAACCGCCUGGCUGCCGAUGCCGAAGACCAGCGCCUGGACGCUGUCUCCCGGGCUGAGGAUGCGGAAGAGCGUGCAGAGACAGCCAAGUCCGAGGCGGAGAUGGAAGUCGCCGAGUUGAAAGACGAGUUGGAUAAAGCUGAGAGAGAUGCUUGCGCCGCGGAGGAUAGAGUCGAGGAUCUGGAAGAACGCUUGGAGGCAGUCGAACGCGAUGCCCAACGCAGAAUCGCCGACGCAACAACGCAAGCCGCCAACUCGGAGGCCAUGGUUACGACACUGAAGCUUCUGCUGCAGGCCACUGAGCAGCGAGUCCAAACUCUCGAGGGAAUAGUCGCUCGCGUCGCUGGCGUGCUUCAAGAUGCUCCCAAGGACCUGUCCACAGCCACCUUCGCCGAGACAGAGGUUACGACCACGGAUCCUGACAUUACAACCCAUCACACUCUCGCAAUCCCGCGUCACAGUAUCAAUAGAAGGGACACUCUUCGUGAACAGUGGGAGAAGGUUCACGAUCUUAUUCAGGAUGUGUACAGUGAGGUGGAGAACAACCUCUGGAACACCCCCAUGGGAGACAGCAGCGAUGAACAGUCGGACGACUCGGAUGACACGGUGUAUUCUUCCCUUGCGCAGAAGAAGAGCGACGCGAAACAGCGCACUCGGCAGGCCUCCAUGUGGAUGGAGCGCGCGGACGCCCUUCUCGACCUCGACAAGGUGUACAAGUCUCAGCUCAAGGACUUUGCAGGCCCCGGCAAGAGCGGCGACCAGAUGGCAGACCGGUUCGCAAAGAACCUGCAGGAGUUGCAGAAGCAAGCUGAAGCGUUGCGCAAGGAAGUAGCGCAGGGCCACGACUAG